GUCACCUCAAGCAUCUUGCUCACUUCACAGCCCCUGUAACAUUUCGGGAUCGAUAUUUUUGGCCCUCUCAAGUGGAGGUCGACUUACAUGGUUAUCAGAAAUAUUUCCAAGCAUACAGUUGAAAUUCGACAAUAAAAUCCUCCACGAAAAUAUCUGAUCACCGACUGCGGUUUCAAAUUGAGUCCAGGCAUCCAAAUUCCUGCACAUAUACAUCCCAUCCAACACCUCUCUUUUCCUCGACACAUCAAUUUCUCACACACUUCCAAUUGCCUCACCCAAUCAAAAUAAUGACAACCCUCAUCCUCUCCAACGAGGAAUUCAUCCUCUCCCCUCUCUCGCUCCCGGAAGAAGCCCCCAAGAUCCUACACCUGCACUACCAAACCGUGCUCUCCACGCUCCAGCACGGCCAAUCCGCGCCUAUCGAAGCAGAGUUUAGGUCUCAAAAUCUCCCAUCUCUCAUCAAUCGCUUCAGCCACCCAAACUCAAUAUCCUACCAGUUUUCCCCAGCAUCCGACCCAGAGAAACUUGUCGCUUAUGUAUAUUUCAGACCUCCUUCUCCCCCGGACACCAGGACGGUGGAAGAAAGGGAAAUGGAACUUAGGGAGGAGGUCGAGAAAAGCACUAGUAGGACGAGUAAGGAAUUGUUGUUUGCUUUGAAAGCGGAGAAUGGGGAGUUGAAUGAGAGGUAUUUUGGGAAGGGGUAUGAGGAGAGGUUUUGGGAGUUGGAGGCGCUGGUUACGGAUGAGGGAUAUCAGAGGAGGGGAUUGGGGAGUAGGUUGGUGGAGGAGGGAUGGAACGAGGUACAGAAGCGGGUGAGGGAGGAGGAGGGGAGCAAGGUAGAAGGUGUUUAUUUGGUGGCUAAUCCGGCGGGGAAGAGGACGUAUGAAAAGGCUGGUUUCAAGUUGUUAGGUGGUAGGCCGGUAAGGCGUGAGGGAAUGAGGGACGAUCAUAUGCAUCUUUGGUUUGUGAAAAGGUUUGAAUGAUAGAACGAUAGACUCGUGAUUGACCCAAAAAGAGAAGGAAAUCCCUUUCGCGGGCUCAAUUGAAAGUUAGACGCGUUGCAAUGUUCAAAGAUGCUUCGGCUUGCAU